UCAAUCUCAACCUGUCUUGUAGUCGCAAGUAUCUAGUUUUCUUAGUAACAAACUGAUGUCUUGUCUGCUUUGUACAGGUUGCUCACUUAUUACAAAACCAACAAGGACUCUUUCAUUGGUCACGUGACACGAGUAGGUCCUCUACAUGGCAGAAAGCAGCACACCGUCAGCAAACGAGUCAGUGGAAGAAAAAUUGCUUGAGGCACAGAAUACUAUUCAGGUUUUGAAAAACGAGUUAAAAUCAACUCGCAGGAAAUUGGAAGCUGCAGAAGUGGCCAAACAGCAUGUUGAACAUUAUGUUGAAAGUCUCAGAACAGAAGUUAGAGCAUUAGGGGAGCAGCUGCAGAAGGCAAAGGGAGAAUCAUCACUGAAACGAGAGAUACACAUACAAGACGAUUCUGAAAAGGAGGACGGAGAAAUUGCUAGUGAUUCUCCUACUCCAGUUGAACUUACAGAAGCCUUGCUGGAGGAGAACACGACUGAUGCUUUGAAAGCAGCUGCAGAAGCAGCCAUUGAGAAGACUGGGUUUACUUAUGAUGACAGCAGUGGAUGGUACUAUGACUCUACAACGAACCUCUAUUAUGAUCCUGCAAGUCAUCUUUAUUACAAAUCAGACACCGGAACAUACUAUUCCUAUGACUUAGAAACUCAGUCGUAUCAGGUUCACUCACAAGUUCCGCCAGAUGCUUGGAUUCCUUGCAUCCGAGCAAUUGUGACAGAAUCUGAGAGUGUCAAUAUUGGAACUUUGGCUAUGAUCACAGUGGAUGGAGGGACUAUUGGACGGGACAAGACUCGUAGCCAUUGUCUACAUGUGCCUGAGAAGACGAUCAGUAAGUCUCAUAUAGAGAUAACAUUUGACUCAGAAACUAACACCUACAGCGUUAAAGAUUUGGGCAGUCAAAAUGGUACAUUUUUGAAUAAUGUCAGACUAAGUGAAGCAAAAUGUGAAAGUGCUUUGCAUCUAUUGUCUCAUGGUGACAUAUUGGCUAUUGGUUCGACAAGCCUUGUCUUGCAUAUUCACCCAGGCAGUGAAACUUGUGAUGGUUGUGAACCUGGGGAAGUUCAGUUGCUACUUCGGAAUGCAAUGGAUGCUGAUCAGACCAACUCAAUAAUGGACGUUGAAGACAAAGAACUGCGUCGACGUCGGGAAUUGAACAUUCUGAAAAAGCGAUAUUUAUUGCGAAGGAGAGAUACAGAGUCUGUUGAGUCUCAUUCUUAUUUAGCUGAUGAUCAGUAUGAAGACAGAGCAGCAAAACGGCGUAUUGAAGUGGGCAGUGAUGUGCCUAUAACAGAAAAGAAUGAGCGUCCAGCAUCUGUACAUCGACCAAUUGCUGUUUCCAACAAAGGAAGGCAGAUGUUGGAAAAGAUGGGUUGGGCUGAGGGUCAAGGUCUUGGUGCUAACAACAUGGGAAUUUCAGAGCCAGUUCAGGCUGUGGUACGGUCUCAACGGUCUGGACUUGGAAUGGGGGUAGCACGGUCUAUAGAUAGUGACAACAGUAGAAGUGAGAGAUCAAGAGAGAUUUGGGACAAAGCUCGAGAGAGGUUUGCCAGUACGACAUAGUAUAUUACCUGACAUUUUGUAUUUUAAUAGUGAAAUUGUGUAUACAUAAAUUAGAAUGUUGGCAGUUGUAUGCUUAUUCUAUUGUUCUAUAGUUUUCUCAGA